AUCGCAGCUGGGAAAAUCCAUGUCCAGCCCAGUCCGAGCCUUAUAAAAUGUCUCUAGCUGGGUGAAGACCUGAUGUGUCUGAACUGAACGAACCUGAGAGCUCUGUAAUCAUGAAGCUUAUUCUUGCUGUGCUGGUGCUGGUUUUGGUGGUCGAGACCCAGGCGCAAUGGUACCGGUACCCAGGACAAGCCAUUGGAGGUGCAAGGGACAUGCGGCGUGCUUACCGGGAUAUGUUGGAGGCCAACCAUCAACACUCAGACAAGUAUUUCCAUGCACGCGGGAACUAUGAUGCUGCAAGAAGGGGCCCCGGAGGCAGAUGGGCAGCCGAAGUGAUCAGUGAUGCAAGAGAAGCUAUGCAGAUACUAACUCGCAGAGGUCAUUCAGAUUCUGAAGCUGACCAGGAAGCCAAUCGCUGGGGACGUAACGGCGGUGACCCCAACCGCUACAGACCGGAAAAACUUCCCAAGAAGUACUGAAAAGAAGACCAUCAGUGCAACUGAAAAUGACUGAAAUCAUUUUUGCUCUAAAACUGCUUGAUUCAAUUUUACAUAAAACCUUUUAACUCUUCCUUUUUACACCUUGACACUAUCCUUAAUUACAUCUUCAUUUAUGACAACAAAAAAGCAAUCUUUAAGUUUUAGCUUCAUUCAGUCUAUGUAACAUGCUCUAGUGUCUGAAUAAAGCAAGCAAAUUCA